AUGGCUCGCGCAGAGUCAAAGCAGAGCGCGUUUAUGGAGCAAGUUCAACACGUCCAAGUGACCUUAGAAGCGAAACUCGAUCAACUAUUGCAACACUGGAAUUUGCAGCAGAAAGUAAAUUUCUUGCAGAGAAAAGAGGAUAAGACACAACGACCCGUGGUGUUGAGGAAACGUCGUCAACGUGUGAAAACUUCGGUGAAUUGGAAAAUGUUCAGUUAUCAGUUUGCAAAAGAUCACUGCAAGGCGGACCUGAUUUGGAACGAAAAAACACGCGAGGAAUUCCGGCGAUCCAUCGAAGACGAGUUGCGUUUGCUGGAACAAGAAAAGGAACUGUCCGUCACGAAUGUACCGGUCUCAUGGAACCACACCGAAUUUCAGGUCGAUUCUCAGCUGAAGGCAUUUUAA